CUCCAUCAUCCCCUUCGCCAGUCGCUCGCUUCUACUCCCGCCUCGCCUCCUCUCCGCCCCGCUCCGCUCGCCGGCGAGCCGCCGCCGCCGCCCCAGCCCCACACCCUCGUCGGCGCGUCGCCUACCGGUGGCCAUCUUCGCCCACUCCCGCUCCAUGUCCUGUAGCCGAAGUGCGGCAAUGAUUGACUGCCCGCGGCUGCUCCUGGCGGCCGCGCGCGCCUCUCCGUACCCCAGCUCCGCCGCUCACCGGAGGGUCUGCACCGCCGGAGUCCCUCCCGUACCCGUAUAUUGCCGUGUCAGCCACCGCCGCAGGUCCUCCGUUCCUGACUUGGGUCAACACAGUGCAAUCUGCAUCCUCUGGGUCAGGAAGCCAAUCAAGCGUUGCAGAAAGUUCGGAGGCUACCGAAUGGGCCAUGCAGGAUUUCUACGCUUUGCGGAAGGAUGUCGAGCUGGCUGUAGCGCGCGUCAGUGAAGUCAGGCAGUCUGCUGGUUUGGAUCAGCUUGAGGAGGAAAUCGCUUCGCUCGAGAAGAAAUCUGCAGAUAGUUCCUUGUGGGAUGAUCCUUCCAAGGCACAGGAGAUACUUGUUGCUCUGACAGAGGUCAAAGACAGAGUCAAGCUUCUCAACGAUUUGAAGUUGCAGGUUGAAGAAGCUGAGACCAUUGUAAAGCUUACUGAGGAGUUAGAUUCCAUAGAUACUGGCCUUCUUGAAGAAGCCUCAAAGAUCAUAAAGGCAUUAAACAAAGCACUAGAUAACUUUGAGAUGACACAGCUUCUUUCUGGACCUUAUGACAAGGAAGGUGCUGUGAUUAAUAUUACUGCAGGUGCUGGUGGCACCGAUGCCCAGGAUUGGGCUGACAUGUUACUGAGGAUGUAUGUUAGGUGGGGAGAGAAGCAGCGGUACAAGACAAGAGUGGUUGAGAAAUCCCCUGGUGAAGAAGCUGGAAUAAAAUCAGCUACCAUUGAAUUAGAAGGAAGAUAUGCCUAUGGGUAUCUCUCUGGGGAGAAAGGGACACACAGAAUUGUUCGUCAGUCCCCAUUCAAUGCUAAAGGGCUUAGGCAGACAAGCUUUGCUGGUGUUGAAGUAAUGCCUCUACUGCCAGAAGAGUCCAUGGAUGUAGAAAUACCCGAAGAGGAUCUGGAGAUAAGCUUCACUAGAGCAGGCGGCAAAGGAGGCCAGAAUGUGAACAAGGUGGAGACGGCUGUUCGCAUGGUCCAUAUACCCACGGGCAUCGCUGUUCGUUGCACAGAGGAGAGGAGCCAGUUGGCCAACAAGAUAAAGGCCCUGAGCCGGCUGAAGGCGAAGCUGCUGGUGAUCGCCGAGGAGCAGCGGGCGUCGGAGAUCAAGCAGAUCCGCGGCGACGCGGUGAAGGCGGAGUGGGGGCAGCAGAUCCGCAACUACGUCUUCCACCCCUACAAGCUCGUCAAGGACGUCCGCACCGCCUGCGAGACGUCGGACAUCACCGGCGUCAUGGACGGCGAGCUGGACACCUUCAUCAGAGCCUACCUCAAGUACAAGCUCUCUGCCGCUGCUGAGGAGCAAAGCGUCAAGUGACAGAUUUGCAUCCAGUGUCCGAUGCAACAACCGUGCUUGUGCUAUAGGCGCAGAAUUUUGAUGCAGAGCAAGAACCCCAUCACGUAGUAAGCUUGUAAGAAUAGCCUGAAAUUAACCGUGCAGAAUUCGGUUUGCUUGGCUCUACUAAGCACCCAAAUUUUAUUUUGGGGCUUCAUGUAUUAGUGGAUAUAUUAAUUUCAUUUCUACCCAAUAUAUAUAAGCCUCUCACCUGCCUGACGCUCUCAUGCCA